UUUCUUGGCAAGUGGUGGUCUUGAACAAUUAAGUACAAUGAUGACAUUUUCCAAGCAGAUAUAUUUCACCAUUGUUGGAUUAUUUAUGGGUUUGUCUAUUUUCACCCUGAGUUGCAGCGGAGGUAAAGUUCUUGUGUAUCCUGUUGAUGGAAGCCACUGGGUCAAUAUGAAAGUUCUGAUAGAAGAGCUGCACUCCAGGGGCCACAGCCUCACCGUGAUACGACCCAAAUCCAGCUGGUACAUCACGGAAAACUCCCCUCUGUACACUUCCAUCACCAUCCCCGAUCUAGUUAAUGAAUUUGAGGACUUUUUUGACGAGUAUUUAUCGCUAACAAUGGAGAUAGAGCGAGGCGAGUCUUCUGGAUUGUCAUUCUUGAAGCUUCAGGCUGAUUUGUUCUCAAUGCUAUCAACAGCACAUUAUAUUGCAUGUAAUAUGGUGUCAGCCAUCUUAGAGGAUAAGAUGCUUGUGAAAAGACUUCGUGAAGCACAGUACGACUUGGUGCUGACUGAUCCUGCCAUUGCAGGUGGUGUAGUUUUAGCCCAUUACCUAAAACUCCCUCUUGUUCUCAAUGUACGCUGGACCACCAGUGGUGAAGGACAUUUUCUUAUUGCACCAUCUCCUAUGUCUUACAUACCUUUACCAGGCACUGGCCAGACAGACAAAAUGACUUUUCCUCAAAGGCUUAAGAACAUUUUAUUUCACAGCUUCACUUAUUACCAGGAUCGAUUUGUGGCGGGUCCACAUUAUGAUGCACUGAUAGACAAGUACUUAGAUGAAAAAACGAACAUUGUCAGCCUCAUUCAAGCUGCUGAUAUUUGGCUCAUGCGGGUUGAUUUUGUCUUUGAGUUCCCGAGGCCCACCAUGCCAAAUGUCGUCUACAUUGGUGGAUUCCAAUGCAAACCUUCAAAGCCUCUUCCUGAAGAUCUGGAGGCUUUUGUGCAGAGCUCAGGGGACCAUGGAUUUAUUAUUAUGUCUUUGGGGACCCUCGUUAAAAGUCUACCCAUUGACAUGGCAAAUAAAAUUGCUGCCGUUUUUGCGAGUUUACCCCAGAAAGUCAUCUGGAGAAAUUUGGGACCUCGUCCAUCCGCCGUGGGCAACAACACACUUAUAGUGGAAUGGAUGCCGCAAAAUGACCUCUUGGGACAUUCCAAGAUCAAAGCCUUUGUUGCACAUGGAGGAACCAAUGGAGUGCAAGAAGCAAUUUACCAUGGAGUACCGGUUCUGGGCAUCCCUUUGUUCUUUGACCAAUUUGACAACUUAUUACGCAUUCAAGAGAAAGGUGGGGGCAAAGUCCUUAAGCUGUCAGAGAUGAAUGGUCACACUUUUGGACAAACACUACUGGAACUGAUCAGUAAUGCCUCCUACAGGACAAAUAUGGGAAAGCUCUCUAAUCUGCACAGGGAUCAACCGAUGGGACCUUUGGACACAGCCAUCUUCUGGAUCGAGUAUGUGAUCAGAAAUAAGGGAGCCACCCAUCUACACUCUGAGUCUUACAAAAUGCCAUGGUACUCCUACCAUUCUUUAGAUGUGCUUUUUGUUUUGUUCUCUGUUGUAGGUGUGUUUGUGCUUGCCAUAGUUGCAUGCACCAGAUAUGUGUGUUGUAAAAUGUGCUGUAAGCGAAGACUGAAAAAUUAAUGAUCCUAUUCAAAUGAUUUGUAUUUAAAGAUUUG